AUGGUCUUAUAUUUUGAAAACAAGCAUCGAUAUGAUUUUGAUUUUGAAACUGCUAGUUUAGCAUUUAUAAAUCGAUACCCCAACCCGUAUUCCAAACAUGUAUUAUCGGUGGACACAUUGGAAUCAUAUAUCGAUAAGCAGGGUCAGCUAUGUACUACUCGGGUUAUAGUCAAGACUGGCAAAUUGCCUAAAUUUAUCAAGCCGUUCCUUGGUGUUGCUAAUUUGAAUUCGUGGAUAAUUGAAAAAUCAAUAAUAAAUCCCAGGACGAAUACUUUGAUUUCAUACACGAGUAAUAUCGAUCAUCGAAAGUUUAUACGGGUAGAGGAAUAUUUGAAAUAUCACAGUGAAAAAGAGAGCAUGCAAGCGGGCAGUCAUGAUGGAUUAGGUGGCACUAUCGUUGAUUCAAAAGUGAAGUUUUCUUCUAAUUUGUUUGGGUUGAAACUGAAAGUUGAAGAAUGGAGUCAUAGGAGGUUUACCAAGAAUAUACAAAAUACAAGACAAGGCUUAAACUUUGUCAUGAUGAAGUUGAAAGAAAGGGGACGGAACUAUUUAACAAAUGCUCAACAAGGUGUUGAAGUUUAA